CGCUUUACAUCAGGCUGCUCAUUCUGCAUCUGUGGUAAGGUUGUGAAAAGACAAGACGAGUAAAAACGUCUUUGGAGAAAGAAGAAGCUGCUGUAGUUUGUGAUGGAGUCCGCACUUCGUUACUGCUUCUGCUCAUGGACGUGACAUGCAGGUGAAUCUGUCACGAAUAUCAAGAGAGAUAUUAUUUAUAGCUUUAAUCUACAGAAGGCAUGACUCAACUCAUUAAAAGUAAAGUGCCACUGGGAGUCUGACACAGGGUCUUUGUGUUGAUCAGUUCUCGCUGGUGAUGCUUCAGCUUCUCUGCAGGGCAGCUGCACCUUGACCUGGACCUGGACCUGCUGCAGAUGAGCAGGACUCACCCCAUCGCACCCAAGAUGGAUGCUCUUCUCUCCAGGGAGCGUCUCAUCUACACCAUCACCGUUCCGCUGUCGACCUCCAUCAUCCUGGCCAAUCUGAUCAUCAUUCUAGGCAUCACCUGGAACCGCCAGCUGCACAACACGCCCAACUUCUUCUUCCUGAGCCUGCUGGUGGCCGACAUGUGUACAGGCGUGGCCCUGCCCUUCAUUCCCUUAAUGGGCCUGAACCGAGAGCUGCGCUUCAGCUCCUGUUUGGUGGCUCACGUUUUCCCCAACUUCCUCUUCCUGGCGUUCCUGUUCAACCUCGUAAUGGUUCACUAUGAGCGCUACAUUUGCAUCGCCGACCCGCUUCAUUACAACACCCUGUGGAUGCACCGCAGUUUCCCUCUGGCAUUGCUGGCGGUGUGGGUGCCGCCGCUGCUCUACGCGUGUCUCCCUGCGUUCGGCUGGAAUAACUGGAAGGGCCCAGAUUGGAACGGCUGCUGUGCAAAUAGCCAAAAGCUGGUGCCACUUUCAAACUGUUCAGCAAAUGCAACCACCUGCUGCUCCUACAGGCGAGUGUUCCCCAAGGCGUUCAUCUACCUGGAGGUGUACGGCCUGGUUCUACCUGCGAUACUCACCAUCGCUGGCAUGACCGGCCGUGUUCUGUGGAUCACGCGAGGCCAGCUGAGGGACAUCUGCCGCCUCCACCGCUCGGUGGAGCGCGGCACCCAGGCGUCGGACCAAGAGCAAAGGCUGAACCUGCGGUACACUCGCUGCGUGGUGGCCGUGUCGCUGACCUUCCUGGCGUGCUGGGUGCCCUACCUCAUUUACCAGCACAUCUGCGUGGCAUUUCUGAUCAGCGAGACCACGUGGAGCUCCACCACCCAGAUUGUGCUGUCCUGCACUAGCAUUGGCAGCAUGUCUGUGGUGCCAGUGGUGCUGGGCCUGGCUAACAGGCAGUAUACAGAGCCUGCACGCGAACUGCUGCAGAAGGUCCGAGACAGAUGGAGCAGAAGGAAGCAUGGAUCAGAUGACGUGGCACUCUGAGAAAAUUCUUCUUCUUCUUCUUCUUCUUCUUCUUCUUCUUCUUCUUCUUCUUCUUCUUCUUCUUCUUCUUCUUCUUCUUCUUCUUCUUCUUCUUCUUCUUCUUCUUCUUCUUCUCCUUCUUCUUCUUUUUCUUAUUUUGUUUUUGAGUUUUGUUAAUGUUCUUAAAAAAGGUAAAAUUUGUUUUUUGUCUUCUGAUAUUUUCAAAGAAAGGUGGUCCAAUAAAACUACUAUUGUAUCAGUGUUGUACGUUUGUUAUAAAGCUCUGUAUAUUCUUGCUUCUUUGUGUGUUGCCUGCUCUGGAUCAGUUCAACCAGUUGUAGGUUUUCUCCAUCUGUCACCCCCUGCCUGCAGUGUUUACUCCUAUGUCCCUUGCUAGUGUUUAUCUACAUACUGGUAUGCAGGCUAAAGGAUGCUCCCACAGUCUGUAAUACAUCUUCCAGACAUGGUGAGAUUAUGAGGUAUCUUCACACAAACACUGCUUCUUAAAUUCCUCCUAAGAUUAAAACUUAAUUUUUACUUUUUAAACUUUAUUAACUGUAUUUGCUGCAUGAAAGAUAUUGAUUUGGGAAUGGAUCAAAUACACAAACAAUGUGCUGCAUCCACAAUCAGUGUUGGUGGAAAAGAAGCAGCGACCUGAGGAGGUGGAGACCAUUCUAAUCAAAUAAAGUGCAAAGCAGGUCUGAACUGCAAAAGGACAUUAGGAGAAAUGGGAUAUCAUCAUGAGGUCACAACACACAGCGAACAACGCUUGUAUGUUUUGUUUGUGUUUCUUUGCAAAGCCACAGCAUCGGAAGAUCAUGUACUUUUGUGUCAGAGGAAGACCGAGGAGAACCGGGAGAAGAGAGCGAGGGAAAACAGAACGAGGCCGUCGGACAGCAGUUAUUUGA